AUGCCUCCCCCCCCAGAUCUUUCCGCCUACCGGCUCUCAGCCGGCGAGUCGGAGGCCAUCUUCAACUCUGAGAUCGUCCCACAAGAUAUCGCCCCCUUACCGCCCUCUCCAAACCCCGGAUCCCCUCUGGCAAUCCUAGCCGUAGGCCAGACCGGCGCAGGCAAGACCCGCCUCUGCCCGGCCCUCCUCUCCGCCCUCGCCGCCUCCAACCGCAAGCCCGCCCACCUCAUCGCCGACGUCUACAAGACGCACCACCCUUCCUACUCCUCCAUCAACCCCAGCCACCUGGCCUCGGCUGCCACGGGCCCGGACGCGCGCAUCUGGCUGUCCAUGGCCGUCAGGGAGGCUGCUCGCCGCCGGCUCGACAUCCUCCUCGAGAGUGCGUGCCGCCAUCCUUCCGACUUCACCUCGUUAGCCGAGAUGUUGUCCCGGGAUGGUUACCGUGUUAUCGUUGUGUUGUUAGCCGUUCCCGCGGCGCUCAGUCGGCUGGGGAUCCUGGCUCGCUUCUAUGGAGAUUUGCCAGAGGCGCGGUCGAGGGGUCUGCCGCUGCGGCUGACGCCUGUCAAGGUGCAUGAUGAUUCGUACGAGGGGCUUGUUCAGGGCGCGGAAUGGCUGGACGGGAACGACGUGGCCGAGCAGGUGGUUGUUGUACGGAGGGGGAAUUUGGUUGCCUAUGCGGAGAGUAGGGACGGAGCUGGCAAGGGAGGUAUCGCCGAAGCAGUGAGGCGAGAACGGAAAAGACCACUUACUGAAGAGGAGAAGAGAGUUGUGUUGAAUGAUUUGAAAACGCUGGACUCUUUACAAGAGGCUGCUGAGGAUACUGCCCUGGUGAGGAAGUUGCUUGAGCCCCUUAUUGAUGAGGACGCGGGAUCAGAAACGUUUCCUGAUUUACACCCGCUGGAGUUUUCAAAUUCUAUAGAUGCAACACAUGAAGGAUACAAUAUACUGCGCAUUUGA